UCUCUGUCUAAAUUAUCAAGUUUAUUUUCGACAUAUCAGCUUACGUCGAAUGCGAAGCAAUAUCCCGACUUUCAUUUUAAUUCGGUAAAAUAUUGGAAGAAUACCAAGAUUGAAACGGUCAGAGUGGAAUGAGAUCUGAACAUGUAAUUGCGGCUCAUCGAGUUGUGGUUGGAGUGUCGUAUGAUAGCGUGCUGUUCAUAACAAUAUAAAACGAUUUACGCCAUCCACAAUGUUUUAGAGUUGUUUUAAGGAUUUUCCAGCGUGAUGGAUCCAAGGAAAUUUUUAAAACGUCUCGCAACGGAGCUCGGGCUGAUGAAAAAUAACCCAAAUGCACAGAAAAAAGCUGAAAAAGUUUCCGAACCUGCCAAUUUUGAACAUCGUGUACAUGUGGCUUUGGAUGAGGAUUCGGGGAGAUACGUUGGUUUGCCAAUGCAAUGGAAACAAAUCGUCGAAAGAAAAUCAGAUGAUGUUACCAGUUCUGAAGAUUCACAUCCAGUGUCGAGAAGAUCUCUCACGCAGAGAAACACCAAUAUACUGGAUGACAACGCGCUUGAUCACACUUUGUCACGAAGGAACACGGGGAAUUUCACAAUUUUUGCCGCUUCUUUAGAAACGCCGCGAUCAAGAGCAAGUGUUGCAGAUAACCAAGAUUUAAUUAUAGAAAGACUAAAACGAGAGUUAAGAGAUUACAAAGCAAGAAAUCCCCAUGGGUUUCAAGAAUUAAGGGAGGAUGGUCUUCUAUCAGGUGAUCGUGAUUAUUCCACACAAAAUCUUAGUAAUGCAUCAGUGACACGGUUUUCGCUUUCAAAUAAAACAAACUCAAAUAAUACAUUUCAGAGAAAUACCAAACGGUUUGAAGACUUGGCCGAGGAGGAUCAAGAUUCCCUCGAAAACAAGCGUAAUUCAAAGAUUUAUAAUAAUACGCUGUCAACGGCUGCAGUAUCCGGGUAUAAACAUAAUGGUUUAUCUUCGACAAAAAGACACGCAAACAAAUCAGCGAAUUUUCAACGAAUCCUGAAAAGAUCAGAAAGCGAGGUUUGAAACGAAUAAUUGGUGAUGUUGCUUGAAAUUUUUUUCUUAAUUAAGCAGACUUGACUGGACGAAAUCAUAGCGGUAAAUUUGGGCAGAGUUCCCCAAAUAUAUUCGGUUGUAACAUUGUUUAAUUUGUUCGUAUGACAAAAAAAAAGAGUUUCCAUUUAAUGAGUCGCUGUUGAAAUAAAGGUUCGUUAUUUAAAAAAAAUAAGAUCACUCAACGAGAAAAAGAAAAAGAAAUACAGAUGUUUUAUCGUCCAUCAAAAGGAUAGUCAAUAAAUCUUAACGUUUGUGACUAUUAUGCUGAGGAGAAAUACUAGACAUAUGCAAAUGUUUCAACAAAAGACGCAGUGGACAUUGUCUGUCUUAUUUUGGCGAGCAUCUUUUAAAAACAAUGAAAAUUCAAUAAAUCAUUUGUGACUGACGAGAGGUAAAACUUCCUACUGAAAGGCGGCUUAGCUUUAAAUGACUUGUAAACAAACUUCUUGUACAGUGAGUGGUAAACGUCGCUUUUACAGAGUCGCUUUUUACCGAUAAUAUUUUACUUAAAGUUAAGUUAGUUCUAUGUUUUCAGAGAAAAUCAUAAUUUAAUAUUAAUGUUUACGUUUGACAUAAAAAAAUUGAAAUAUAUUCUGAAGAAAGCUUAGAACUGAAAGCAAUAUUUUAGUAACAUAUUAUGAAAAUGUAAACUCAUUCUUAACAAGGCCUCUGCAUUUUCCGAUUCAAAAU